AUGAACCAAGAACCAACUUCAAACCUACCAAUUUGGUUUAACAAACCAAUGAUACAAGAUACUGACUACCUUGACAAGUAUCGUGCUGCAUAUUCAGUGAAAACAUGUUCUCACACCGGCCAAAACUACUGUGUAGAUACACCCAAAUUAAACAACAUUUCUGGACAGAGUCAAUUCCAUCGGCAAGAGAUACCCGGUACCCAUGGUACUUUAGGCGAAAAUUUGAUCAAGUUAGCAAAUAGUAUUGUUGUUAAGGAUGCAAAGUCGAAAUAUUUCUCACAGUUAAGUAAAAAUGGAAUAAUUGAUAUGUCAAUCAACACGGCAUCCUCUCAUGUCAAACUUCUUGGUGGUGCACGUAUUCAAAACCAACUCAAAGCAAAGUAUGGUCAUCGAUCACAACCAGUUGAAAGUGAAUCUGUUGUUAAAGAUUUCGAACAUAUCGUGAAGAAAAUAUUUGGCGUUCUUCACGUAGUUUACAGAGUUAGAAAGCCUAUGUAUAAAGGGUGAAAAAUACUGUGUCGUCGAAAAACAAUGCUUGAAAGUGUCAUCAUUUUAAUGUUCACAGCCACAAUAAAAAUUGACAAAUGAGUUUAAUAAAUUAGUUAGAGAGGGGCUGUCAGUUCUUAAUGGCAAACAACAUACACAUUUUGUUAGCAUUUAAUGAUUUAAUGUACACUUGGGAGAGGGAGACUGUUAGUGCCGAACGGCAAAAAAAAAAAAAAAAAAAAAAAAAAAAA